UUAAUUUACUUCACACUUGCUAGUUUCUUUUAGUUAGAACAUCACUUCACUCUCUCAUUUCUCUCUUCAACUGCCAUGAUUUUGUUUUGAGUCAACAAAAAGAUUGUUCCUUUUUUUUUUUUUUUUUCCUUUGUAAUUCUGGGUAUGUUUGAGAUUCUUCUUUGAGUUCAAAUGAGGAAGCAAAACACAGCUUUAACAAGAUUUGGUCGCAAGGUAAAAGGUUCAUAUCAAUCUUAUGGACUUAGUGUAAAGUUAACCUUUGUAGUAAUCUUAGGUCUUUGUUUUGUAUUCAUUUGGUCUGUAUUUUCAUCUUCUUCUUACUCAGUUGCUUAUCAAAGAGACACUUUUGAUGAUAUUAGAGAACCCAUUUCAUCUGCAAAUAAGAAAAAGGUCAGUUCUUUAAGUCCUUCAACCAAGAAAGAACAAGCCCAUAAUAAGAAAUUGAAACAUAGAUCAAAUUCAGUUGAGAAAAAAAAGAAAAGGGUUGAUGGAUCUUUGCCAUCAAAGCACAAAAAUGAGAAAGUUGGAGCUGCUAGGAAGAGAAAAGGUGAGGAUCUGAAGUUACCUAAAAAAGUUGAAGAAAUAUUGGAUCAAGAAUUGGAAGGAUCUGAUUCUGAGGAAGAGAAAAUAGAAAAUGAUAAACAAGAAGAAGAGAAAAAAGUAGUUGAGGGUAAAGAGAAUGAGAAAGAAAAAACAGAAAGUGAUAAACAAGAAGGAGAAGGAGUAGAUGGUAAAGAAAAUGAGAAAGAGGAAAUAGAAAGUAAUAAAGAAGGAGUUGAUGGUAAAGAGAAUGAGAAAGAGGAAAUAGAAAGCAAUAAAGAAGAAGGAGAAGGAGAUGGUAAAGAGGAAGGGGAAAGUAAUGGUGAAUUAGCUAAUUCUGAGGAGUUGGAUCAAGUGGAUGAGGAUGAGAAAUCUAGAGAUAAUGGGAAGAAAAAGAAGUAUUUAGGACCAAUAUUUGAUCCAAAAGCACAUUAUACUUGGAAUUUGUGUAGUACUAGAAGCAAGCACAAUUACAUUCCUUGCAUUGACUUUGAAAGUGCUAGUGGGAAGUUGCAUAAUUUUCGGCAUCACGAAAGAAGUUGUCCUAGAGCACCUCAAAUGUGUCUUGUUCCUCUUCCUCCUGAUGGUUAUGAGACUCCAGUAAGCUGGCCUGAGAGUAAGUCAAAGAUACUUUAUAAGAAUGUGGCACACCCGAAACUAGCAGCAUUUGUUAAGAAAGGGAGCUGGGUGGUGGAGUCUGGAGAAUAUCUCACUUUUCCAAUGAACCAAUCUAUACCCAAAGGUGGAAUUCAACACUAUCUAGAUUUCAUAGAAGAGAUGGCACCAGACAUUGAAUGGGGGAAGAACAUCCGUGUAGUGCUGGAUAUUGGAUGUAAAGAUUCAAGCUUUGGGGCUUCUCUACUUGAAAAAGACGUGUUAACACUUACUCUAGGAUUAAAAGAUGACCUUGUGGACCUAGCACAAGUUGCACUUGAGCGUGGUUUUCCAGCAGCAGUUACCCCAUUCGGAACUCGGAGGCUUCCCUUUCCUAGUGGCGUCUUUGAUGCUAUUCACUGUGGUGAUUGUCAUGCAUCUUGGCAUUCUAACGGGGGAAAGCAUCUUAUAGAAAUGAACAGAAUUUUGAGGCCUGGAGGUUAUUUUAUUUUGUCUUCUAAGCGCACUAGCAUUGAAGUUGAAGAAGCUAUGUCCACACUGACAGCAUCAAUUUGUUGGAAUAUCCUUGCUGAUAAAACUGAUGAAAUCAGUGAUAUCAGGAUUAAGUUAUACCAAAAACCACAAGCAAAUGACAUAUAUCGAUUGAGAAGGAAAAAAGUUCCACCUCUAUGCCAAGCAAACGAGAACCCAGAUGCUUCCUGGCACGUGUCAAUUAAAUCUUGCUUGCAUACGCUUCCUGAAUCCAUAGAACAACGAGGAACCGAAUGGCCUGAAGAAUGGCCAAAGAGACUUGAAACUUUUCCCGACUGGAUGAACAGUAGAGAGAAAUUGAUUGCGGAUAGUGAACACUGGAAAGCUAUUGUUAACAAUUCUUAUCUAGUUGGCUUGGGUAUUGAUUGGUCCAACAUUCGGAAUGUAAUGGAUAUGAAAGCCAUCAAUGGAGGAUUUGCAGCAGCUCUUGCACAGCACAAGGUGUGGGUGAUGAAUGUUGUUCCUGAACAUGCACCAAACACCCUUCCGAUAGUCUUUGAACGAGGACUUGUUGGCGUGUACCACGAUUGGUGCGAGGCUUUUGGUACUUAUCCAAGAUCAUAUGACCUUCUACACGCAGAUCAUCUCUUCUCGAGGCUUAAGAACAGGUGCAAGCAUCCUAUUGUGAUUGUGGUUGAGAUGGACCGUAUAUUGCGGCCUGGUGGCUGGGGAAUUAUACGUGACAAGGUCGAAAUACUCGAUCCACUAGAGAAAAUAUUGAGAAGCUUGCAUUGGGAGAUACGAAUGACUUUCACGAAAGAUAAGGAAGGCAUCCUUUGUGCACAAAAGUCCAUGUGGAGACCUCCAAACAUGCCCCUAUCACUAUCUUCUUACCCCACGCGCCUCGCUAUCCUCACGCUCCUCUCCGCUACCACAGUCUACUUCUUCUACAAAUCACGCCGCCACGUCAUCAAACGCUUAAACCCUAAAAAAAACCAAAACCCUAAUCUUAAAACCCCAAAAGGCAAACUCUUCUUUAUAUCCCAAACCAACACUUCUAAAACCCUAGCACAAAAACUACACACUUUGUUAAAACUCAAUGGGUUUGACUUUGAUCUUGUUGACCCAAAAGAUUACGAACCUGAAGAUUUACAUAAAGAAAGUUUUGUGUUGAUUAUUGCUUCAACUUGGGAUGAUGGGAAACCACCUAAAAAUGCUGGCUUUUUUGUUGAUUGGUUAAAUGAGAGUGCUGAUGAUUUUAGGGUUGGUUCUUUAUUGCUUAGUAAGUGUAAAUUUGCAAUCUUUGGUGUUGGGAGUGGAUCUUAUGGCGAAACGUUUAAUGCCGUGGCGCGUGAUUUUUCGAGGAAGUUGAGGAAACUUGGUGGGGUUGAGGUUUUAGGUUUGUGUGAAGGUGAUGUUGAUGAGGGUAAUUUGGAUGAAGUGUUUGGUAAGUGGAGUAAAAGGGUUGUUGGAGUUUUGAGUAAUUUGGGUGAAAAUGGGGGGUAUAUUGGGAAUGGGGUUGUUGGUGAUGAUGGUAGUGAAGAUGAAGUAGCAAGCGAGGGAGAUGAUGACGAGGAAUAUGAUGAUGAUGACGAUGAGUUUGAGGAAAAUGAGAAGGAGUCGGGGAUUGUUGAUCUUGAGGAUAUUGCGGGUAAAGGGCCUUCGAGAAAGAAAGGAGGAGUUGGAGAUAAUAAGUUAGUUAAUGGGAAGUCGAAUGGUGGAGUUGUGAACGGAGAGAAGAAAGCAAUGGUAACGCCGGUUAUUAGGGCGAGUUUGGAGAAACAGGGAUAUAAAAUAAUUGGUUCGCAUAGCGGUGUGAAACUUUGUAGAUGGACAAAAUCACAACUUAGAGGGCGUGGUGGUUGCUAUAAGCACUCAUUUUAUGGCAUUGAGUCUCACAGGUGCAUGGAGGCCACUCCUAGUUUAGCAUGUGCCAACAAAUGUGUUUUUUGUUGGAGACAUCACACAAACCCUGUGGGCAAGAGCUGGACAUGGAAGAUGGAUGACCCUAUUGAGAUUGUGAACACAGCUAUAGAUUUGCAUACAAAAAUGAUAAAGCAGAUGAAAGGCGUUCCAGGUGUUAAAGCUGAGCGUUUGUCUGAGGGUCUUUCUCCUAGGCAUUGCGCCUUGUCACUGGUUGGUGAGCCUAUUAUGUAUCCAGAAAUAAAUUCACUUAUAGAUGAGCUGCACAAGAGGCGGAUUUCGACUUUUCUUGUAACUAAUGCGCAGUUUCCUGACAAGAUUAAGUUAUUGAGACCAAUCACACAGUUGUAUGUCAGCGUAGAUGCUGGUACAAAGGACAGCUUAAAAGCAAUUGAUAGACCACUAUUUGGAGACUUCUGGGAGCGAUUUCUUGAUUCCUUGAAAGCUCUCAAGGAGAAGGAGCAAAGAACUGUCUAUCGUUUGACACUUGUUAAAGGGUGGAAUGCAGAAGAGGUGGAUGCAUAUUCUAGCCUGUUCAGCAUUGGAAAACCUGAUUUUGUUGAAAUCAAAGGUGUCACUUAUUGUGGAUCGUCGGCUACAUCAAAGUUGACAAUGGAGAAUGUCCCUUGGCAUGCUGAUGUGAGGGAAUUCUCUGAGGCCUUAGCUAAAAAGAGCAAUGGAGAGUAUGAAGUUGCUUGUGAGCAUGUGCAUUCUUGCUGUGUUAUUCUGGCUAAAGUCGAUAAGUUUAAAAUUGAUGGUCAAUGGUUCACGUGGAUUGACUACGAGAAGUUCCAUGACCUGGUAGCUUCUGGAAGACCCUUCACCAGUAAGGAUUACAUGGCACCUACACCAUCUUGGGCCGUCUAUGGAGCUGAUGAAGGCGGGUUUGAUCCAGAGCAAUUGCGUUAUAAAAAAGAGCGACGCCACGGAUCAUCUCGUAAGGAAAAUGGUUCUUAAAAGUGAAGCAAUUUUUGUCACCACAGGAUGGCCUACAGUUUUGUUUCAUCGAGUUAAAUUUUGGUUUCCUUCAUUUUCCUGUACAAGUUGCAUUUCUCCAUAAAUAUGCCAGCUUGAGUAACUUUAUCUUUGGGUAUUGAGGAAAUAACUUCCAGUGGGUUGAACUUGGAAUUGAUCGAAUCAAUCAUCAUAGGGAUAUCUUGCAGCAGACAAUUGAUGGAACCAAUAUAGUUGCAGAAGUUCACUGAUAUGAAAUUGUGGCUGAGACUUUUCUUUCAGCUGUUAUACUCCAUUACUCUGUAUUAGUAAUGUAGGACCAUUACAGGAUGAACACCAUGUUUCGAUAAGUGUGCAACAGUCCUACAAUUUUACUAAAUUUACUCAUCUCAACAAGAA